CCGGGAACUCCACGUGCGUCGGGGAAUUUCUCUGGCCCUGGGCUGCCAGCCCCUGUCCGAUCGGCAUAAAAGGGCUUCGCCCGGCUCGGGGAGCCACAGAAUCCGCUACGCCAGCCCUCCAGCCCGCCUUCCCGCCGCAGGCAGCGACCCUCCGAGCUGAACCCCAUGGCCCGCGCCGCGAACCCCGCCGCCGCCCGGCUCCUCCGCGCCGCGCUACUGCUCCUGGUUCUGGUGGCCGCCGGCCGGCACGCAGCAGGGGCGCCUGUGGUCACCGAACUGCGCUGCCGGUGCCUGCAGACCGUGCAGGGGAUUCACUUCAAGAACAUCCAGAGCGUGAAGGUGACGCCCCCGGGACCCCACUGCGGCCAAACGGAAGUCGUAGCCACUCUCAAGGCUGGUCAGGAAGUUUGCCUCAACCCUGAAGCUCCCAUGGUUAAAAAAAUCAUCAACAAGAUGCUAAACAAGGGCAGCACCAACUGACCUAGAGAGAAGUAAGAAGCUCAUAGGGCAUUUCCUGAAGAGCGGUCUCUGCUCUUGUAGGAACUGAAAAUGAAGAAGAGAACAGCUGGCUUCUGGGGACACCAAGAAGGGACUUGAUGUGCUGGACUAUUUUUUAUUAUGAGUUCUAUUUAUUUAUACAUGUAUUUAUUUAUUUUUAUAGCUCAUUUUAAUAUUUUACAUGUUAGUAUUUAAAGAUUUCAAUGUGUUUAAUCAAACUUAACUCAGUCCUGAUUGUUAUUUAAUAUGAGGAUGACGGGUUCUAAAUGUCUCAUUAAACUGAUAUUUAUUGGGAGACCAUAAAGUGCCAGGCACUGUGAUAGAGGUGGAGGGGGUGGGUGCAAGAGGGGAUCCACGCAAUUGGACAGUGAGAUCACUAUGAGAAUCAGGGAAAGUGUGUGCACAUCUAUGUUUGUACUUGUUUAAAACAAUGUCAGUUAUUAUUUAUUGAAAUGAUCUCUUUAUGUGGUCAACAUUUUUAUGUUGAAGCUUCCCUUGGACAUUUUAUGUCUUUCUUGUAGGGCAUAAUGCCUUGUUUAAUGUUCAUUAUAUAGUGUUUCUCUUUGUUUUGGAACAGAGAAGUUAAAACUAUUGUUAAAUUUUUUUAAAUGCCACGAAAAUAAAGGUUUUGCAAAAAAAAAUAACAUGCUUAGGUUUUGUUUUAUUCAUCUUGAUCUUUGGUUCCUCCUAGGUGCCCCCAAGGUAUUAUACAGUUAGACUUAGGUUCUACCUAACUUUAUGCCUGCUUCUGGCUGUUACUUCCCUUACUUUUCUGUUACUCAGGAAAGAGUACUUGGCACUCUACC